AUGACCACUAGAUCUCCAUUGAAAGAGACUGAUGCCAACUUGAGACAACCUCGUCUCCAUCUAAAUAAUGAAGAUGAGAGUUCAGCUGCCACAAAUAAGAAGAGAGCAUUAGAAAGGUUAGAAACGCAACAACAACAACAGCGAAAGAAGCCAAAGGCCGAAAGAGCAAGAUCAAUUGAAGGAGCAGUACAGGUAGGUAAAAGUACUGCAUUAAAGAAUAUUGAACAAAAAGUAACACCUAGUGAAUUGUUAGAAUGGCAAAACAACUGGAAAAAGAUAAUGAGACGCGAAUCCCGCAUAUAUUUCGAUACAACCGAUGAGAGCGAUUGUAGCAAAUUCAUAAAGAACAGAAUGGAUAAACGCAGGGAUCUCUUGAAGAAGGGGUUUCUUAGCCUGGGAGCCCAAAUUACACAGUUUUUCGAUUCCAGUGUUACAAUCGUCAUAACGAGAAGAUCUGUGGAAAACAUCAGCGCAUUGUCAGAUUCUGACAUUCUAUCAAGGGCGAAAAAGAAUUAUAUGAAGAUUUGGGGGUAUGAAAAGGCAACAAGAUUCUUAAAGAAUUUGGACGUAGAUUUAGAUUUUUUGGAGAAAAGCAAGACCACAUCAUUACCGGAACCUACACUCUCCAAUUUACUUCAAAAUGAAAAACUGUACGGUCCCGCAGAUAGAGAUCCUCGGACGAGAAGAGAUGAUAUUCACUAUUUCAAAUUUGCACACGUUUACAUGUAUGAUCUGUGGCAAACAUGGGCGCCCAUAAUCGUUUUGGAAUGGAAACCUCCAGACUUGGCUGAUCCCAAGAAAAUACCUUACCCAGUACUAAAGAUGGGUACAUUCGGUAGAUGCCCCUUCAUAGGCGAUGGUGCAUGUGAUGAAACAUCUUACAAAAGAGUGGUAAAACGUUGCAAUCGCGAUAAAGCUAACAAAAAAUAUGCAUUGAGAUUACGUUUACUAUAUCAACACCAUGCAGAACCUUCCAUCGAUUCACAAGAACUAAUGAUCAUACCUCAUACAUGUCUCGAUUCCGAACAAUGCUACGAGAAUUGGCAAAAGACUUUGGCGGCAGAAACAGACAACAAUGAGGCUGCGGAGGCAGGAUCUAAAUGUAUUUGGAAGGAGCCAGUACCUGCAACAGCACUCUCACUUCGUAAACCACUAGUAUCUGGGGCCGCCAAUGUGUUAACUAGACAAGAAACAGAGGAUUUCCCCGAUGACUUGUGCAACAGUAAGAAACAAUCCCGUGUCACGCAAGAAUUGAAGGCAAGCGGUGUACAUCAAUCCAAUGACGUAGCGACCUCAUUUGGUAAUGGAUUAGGUCCGACAAAGGCAAGUGUCACUAACAGAAACAUUAAAAAUUUGAGCAGACUGGUGGUAGAUAGGAAAUUGGGUACAAAGGCCCCCACGGCUGUCAACACCAAUAAGAUUACUCCUGCUACGACCACUACUACUUCCACUGUGGAAGUUCAUGGUACCGGUUCUCAUGAAGCUUCUCCUGUCGUACCCGAUAAUAAUACUGCUGAGAAGGAAGCCGAAGAAGAUUCCAGACAGAAGAAAAGGAAGACAGAAACUGCCACACCUGCACCAGUUGCAAGAAGGGAUAAUGCUAAAAAUUCUGGUUACUGUGAAAACUGCCGAGUUAAAUAUGACCAAUUGGAACAACACAUCGUUUCUGACAAGCACCAGUCAUUUGCACAAAACGAUUUGAACUUCGAGAUGAUAGAUUCUUUAAUCGAUAAGCUCAAAUUUCAAUUUUAA